CCACCUUAUCUCACCCCACACGCUGUAUAAAAGCUCAGGUUUCGCCUGCAGAAAGCGUACUUCCUCAGCGAGCAACAUGAGGACUGCAACCGUAGUCGUCUUGUCGCUGUUGGCUGCCCUGGUGGUGGUCACGGCGGUACCGCACAGUGAGCCCGACAAGGAAUUUCUGGAGAAACAAAGGAAGCUUAUAAGGCUCUUCUAUCAUGUCCAACAGCCGACAAUUAUCAAAGAAGAACAAGAAAUAGCGAAGUCCUACAAGCCAAUUGAGCAUCUCGACAACUACCAGUACAAGGACAAAGUCGAAGUCUUCUGGAAGUACUAUGUAGACUAUGGCUUCCUGCCACGAGGAGAAGUGUUCUCGAUCUACUACGAGAAAAACUUCUACCAGGCAAAAGCCUUGUUUGAGCUGUUCUACUAUGCCAAGGACUUUGAUACCUUCUACAAGACGGCCGUUUGGGCGAAAGAACACCUGAACCAAGGGCUGUUUGUCUACUCAUACACCGUCGCUGUGCUCCAUCGCGAGGAUACCAAGUACGUCACGCUGCCAGCUCCCUACGAGAUCUACCCGCAACUCUUCGUCAACGCAGAGGUCAUCCAAAAGGCAUAUGACGCCCGGCUACGAGAUGUGGAGAGCUCUAGAAAGGAGCCUUACAUCUUCUACGCCAACUACAGUGGCUUCCCAGUCGCCAACAACCCUGAGGAGCUGGUGUCGUACUUCACCGAGGACGUCGGCCUGAACUCCUUCUUCGCCUACCUCCACUACAAGAGCCCGUUCUGGCUGAACCCGAGCAACUACAGCAUCCCCGUGUUCAAGCACCGCGGCGCCGGCUUCUUCUUCCUGCUCCAGCAGCUGCUGGCCCGCUACUACCUGGAGAGGCUGUCCAACAACCUGCCCGAUGUCAAGCCCAUCGACUACACCCGCCCCGUGCAGACUGGCUACUACCCAGAGCUGAGACUGCAGAACGGAAUUGAGGCUCCCGUACGCCCAGAAGGUGUGUACCCCUACAACUUCGACUCGCUGUACGUGGAGCGCAUCCAGAACUACGAGAGGAGGAUCAGAGACGCUAUUGACUUUGGCUACGCAUACGGCUGUUCACAGCAUGAUUUCGAGAAAUUCAACCUGAGGGAGAAAGAUGUGACCGACAUCAUUGGAAACAUUAUUGAGGGCAAUGCUGAAUCUGUCAACUACGAGUUCUACGGCUCUAUCUACAGGUACAUCAUCUCUCUCUUCGGCCACAUCGCUGAUCCGUUCCACAAAUACGGCACACCCGCCAGCGUACUCGAACAGCCAGAAACACAGCUGAGAGACCCGGUGUACUACAGAAUUGCCAAGCGAAUCCUUUCGUUCUUCUACCAGUACAAGAACAAACUGCCACCUUACACCAGGAGCGACCUGGAGCUGCCAGGUGUUGCCAUUGAGAGCAUCUCCUUCGACAAACUUGUCACUUACUUUGACAACUUUGACAUCGAGUUAAACAACGCCCUGUCAUUCUCCAAGCCCGAAGAAGGCGACAAAUUCAACUUCGUGGCUCGCCAGUACCGCCUGAACCACAAGCCUUUCUACUACCAGCUUAAGGUGAAGAGCGACAAGGAAAUCGACUCCGUGGUGCGAGUUUUCAUUGGUCCCAAGUACGACGCGUAUGGGCGUGAACUGACACUGGAAGAGAGGAGGCCGUACUACUUCUUGCUGGACGAGUUCAACCAGAAACUGAGUGCUGGUGAGAACGAAAUCAGGCGCAGCUCCAAGGAGUUCCCGCUGUUCGCCAAGGAGGCUCCACGCCACUCGGACCUGUACUACUCAACCGUGGGCGCCAUUAAGGGCGAGAACAAGUUCUUCCUGGACGAGUUCCGCUCUCACUUCGGCUUCCCGCAGCGGCUGGCGCUGCCCCGCGGGACCCGCAGUGGUUUGCCACUCAGUGUCUUCGCCAUCGUCACCCCCGCCGUGCAGGGCUCCGAACACCCCUUCCUGCCCUUCGGCGACAACCAGGCCGGCGGGUUCCCGUUCGACAGGCGAGUCGUCGCGUACGAAUUCGACGUACCCAACGUGUACUCCUCCGAGACGUUCGUCGUGCACCGCCGCCUGGAGGACAUCAGCAGCACUGUUUGAAUGGCCACCACUUUCAUCACCUUGACAGCACUGCUUGUGGAAAUUCAUCUUCACUUUCAUGUGUCCUCACUCACAAGAAAAAUAAACCAUUAGUGCUUUAA